AUGGCCAUCCUCGCUAUUAUCUCGCUCGUUUUCGCCGGAUCUUGCGCGGCGGUCGUCAAUGCGUCGCCAUUAGCAACCGUGGAAGCAGCAAAGACUCUCGCAGUUCCGUUGGAAGACGGCUCCUACGGCAGCUUGAAGGAGACCUUUCAGGCAGUCAAGCUUCUGAGCGUGGUCUCGAAAUCGUCGCUCGAUUCGGCCAAGCUCUGCGCGUGGUUGAAGAAGCUUCCCGCCGCCACGUCAGCAGAGGAGGCCUUCCAGAAGGUGUCGAUCGCUGCUGCGCUCGGCUGCAAGGGCGUUAGCGCCGUUGUCAAGGAAGCAGAGCCUCUCUUUUCCGCAUCAGCAUCCUCUUCGUCCCUCGACCAGCUGUUCUAUGCUGCAGCCGGCACGCAGAUCCUCAAGGCCAACAAGUGGAGCACUGGAUCCGUGCCUUCAGGUCUCAAGAAGGCUGCCGCCGCAAUCCUCGCAUUGAAGCAGGCGGAUGGCACGUGGGCAGCGGCGAAGGACAGCCAGGGGGCGUCGUCCGUGGCUGCCACGGGCGUGGCACUCGAGGCACUGGCUGCACUCAAGGAGCUGGGACUGGUGGACGAGAAGCAGGUGUCUGCGGUUACAGAUGCUGUCGGAUCGCUCUUCUCUCUCCUCACAGCUGACUCUGAUCCUAGUGGCAAUGCCGUUUCAUUCUUCUCAGCCUCCCCCGCAGAGGGCGGGACUCUCGUCGCCACUGCCUCUGCCAUCACGGGCUACCUCGCGCUCGCCUCUACGCUCGCCUCCCCGCUCGCCGUGCGCCCCCCCAAGGUGGCGGAGGCGGGGCGCUAUCUGGUGGCGGCGCUGCCCCUCUCCCUCGCGGAGGCCGCCGCCUGGGCGGAAGCGCUCGCUGUGCUUGAUAACAACCCCAUCUUUGUGCCCAUCUUCCUCUCGUCUCCCGGCCACAUCUCCGUCUCUGCAGACCCCACGCUCACUGUGAGUGUGACAACAGCGCUGGGAGGCAAGGUGCCAGGCGUGGCAGUGAAGCUGCAGAGUGCAACUAUCGGGGGCGGCAGUGCUGCGUCAGGCAAGGAGCUCACAGCGGGCAAGGACGGCGUCUCCUUCUCUGCCAAGCCAUUCUCCAAGGCAUCUACCCUUGGAGUCUACACGCUCAAGUUCAAGAUCACCCCCCCUGCGGACUCAGCCUUCAUUGCCGGCAGCGCAUCAGUGGAGCGCCCGCUGCUGCUCUCUGCCUCCAUGGCAGUCACUGGCGUGACUGUGGCCGUGCUGGACAGCGACGGCGCCACUCCUGAGUCUGAAAAGAAGCUGGACUUUGAGAAGAGGACAAACUUCACCGACCUCUCUGCCACCCACCUGCAGAAGCUGCGCGUGUCCCUCUCCCUGGCCACGCCCUCGGGGAAAGCCUUCGUUCCCCACCAUGCGGUGCUACAGCUGGUGAACGGCAUCGGCAUGGCCUACUCGUUCCUGCUCAAGCCAUCCGGCAGCACCCUCUCCGUGCAGCUCGAGCUGCUGGAGAUGAUGGAGCGCCUGUUUUACCACUCGGGCGAGUACACUCUCAAGCUUUUUGUGGGAGACGCAGUCAUGGAUAACUCCUUUGACUGGCAGCUCGGCUCUGUUGACCUUGACUUGCCUGCUGCCCCCGAGACUGCCCCCAAGCUGCCCCCCCGCCCGGAAUCUCUGGCGGAGAGAUUCUCUGCCAAGCCCGAGAUUGCGCAUAUCUUCCGCAAGCCGGAUUCCCGGCCGGCGUUUGUUGUCUCGUACUCGUUUGUGGCGCUCGUGCUGCUGCCGCUGGUGGUGCUGCUCGUGGGGCUGGCGGUGCUAGGAGUGAAUCUCAAGGCCUUCCCUUCGGGGGGUGUGCCUCUCCUCUCAGCUCUGGCCUUUCACGGGGGGAUUGCUGCUCUACUGCUGCUCUACGUUGCCUUCUGGGUGCAGGUGAAUCUGUUCACCACGCUCAAGCUCAUUCUUCUCCUCGCUGUUCUCACAGCCAUUCCCGGCCACCAAGUUCUCUCCUACCUUGCUGACGGCCAAGAGCGCGAGCAAAAUGGUGCACUCUUCUGCGGUUGGAUGCGAUUUUUGUAUAACGUGGAGGGAGGCCACCGCGCGAUCAUCUUCAACCGGCUCUCUGGGAUCAAAGACACGGUAUACCAGGAGGGGACGCAUUUCGUCAUCCCCGGUAUUGAGUGGCCCAUUAUCUACGACGUGCGCGCCCGACCCCAUCUCGUGGAGAGCACGUCCGGCAGCCGCGAUCUUCAGAUGGUCCGAAUCACGCUGCGAGUGCUCACUCGUCCCAUGUCCGACCGCCUCCCCACCAUCUACCGCACCUUGGGGCAGGACUAUGCAGAGCGGGUGCUGCCGUCGAUCGUGCAGGAGACCCUGAAAUCCGUGGUGGCUCAAUACAACGCCAGCCAGCUCAUCACACAGCGAGAGUCUGUCAGUCGUGAGAUUCGUCGCAUACUGGAAGAGCGAGCAGCAUCCUUCAACAUCGCUCUCGAUGAUGUGUCCAUCACCAACCUCACGUUCGGGCGCGAGUUCACAGCAGCCAUCGAGGCGAAGCAGGUGGCGGCUCAGGAGGCAGAGCGCGCCAAGUUUGUGGUGCAGAAGGCAGAGCAGGACAAGCGGGGAGCGAUUAUUCGAGCGCAGGGAGAGGCCACGAGUGCGCAGCUGAUAGGAGAGGCCAUAGCCAACAACCCCUCCUUCAUCACUCUCAGGAAGAUUGAGGCGGCGAGGGAGAUCGCCAACACUCUGGCCAAUAGCAACAACCGCGUCUUCCUCUCGUCUGAUUCGCUGCUGCUCAACUUGGCUGACGUUAAGAAUGAUGCGCCGCCCGCUCCUCCUGCUGCAGCUGGCAAAAAGAAGGUUUCCCAUCCUCCCAGCGGCCUUUCCGCUCAGCUCACCACAACCACAGCCAUGUCUUCCAAGAAGAAGGUGAAAGAAGUGAAGGAGGAGAAGGGUCCCGCUGGCCCGCAGGUGCGAGAGGGCGAGAUCGUCUUCGGCGUCGCUCACAUCUUCGCAUCCUUCAACGACACCUUCGUGCACGUGACGGAUCUCUCCGGCAAGGAAACCAUGUGCCGAGUCACUGGCGGCAUGAAGGUGAAGGCCGAUCGCGACGAGUCGUCCCCAUACGCGGCUAUGCUUGCAGCGCAGGACGUGGCGAUCAAGUGCAAGGAGCUGGGCAUCACGGGGCUGCACAUCAAGCUGAGGGCUACGGGUGGUAACCGCACCAAGACGCCCGGCCCUGGAGCUCAGUCCGCCAUCCGCGCCCUUGCCCGUUCCGGCCUCAAGAUCGGCCGCAUUGAGGAUGUGACACCUAUCCCCACCGACAGCACUCGCAAAAAGGGUGGUCGCCGCGGUCGCCGUCUGUAA